UGGAAGGUGCUCCUGCUGUCCUGCUGUCCUCCUGAAAUGCUGGACAGCGACACAGCUUGGAAUCUCCCCUGGCUGCUCAUCCCUAGGACUGGAGAAGCUGACUGUGGGGACCAAGGCUGCUGCACAUCCCACAUCUACACCAGGAUCCUGUAAAGAGAAAUAGUGGAGAGAGUCUUAGGAGAAGAAGCAUAAAAGGGAAUAGAAGCAAAGAAGAAGAAAGACUGCUAAGAAAGCAGAAGGGAGGAGGAGAAGAAGGAGGCAGGGCAGUGAUCAGUAUCCAAUGGGAGCAGCCCCAGUGAGCUGCAGCAACUCAGCAGACAAGCUCCGGCUUCUGGAGUUGCACAGUGCUGGAGUCGCUUUCCUCUCUGAGGACAUGAGGGCAGCUGGAAGAAACUCCUUAUUUUCUUCCUCAAAAUAAUAAGUUCGUUGACAGCAGUUAGGGCAAGUCAACCAAGAUAUAAGAUGCUUCUCUUAUGGACAACAUCUUAAGAAAUUCCCCAGAGACUGUGCUCAGACAGAUUUUUUUCAGGAUGUAAAUACCAUAUUGUUAUUAUCUAAAAAAAUCUAUAAAAAUAAUGGAUGUUCACAGAAGACCAUGUUGGACUGUUUUACCAGACACAGUGUGGCUUUAAGCUGAGCACAUCCAAGACGUUUGGAUUAAAAAUUCAUAACUCUGCUAACAAGGAAACUCUUUCUACCAUGAGAUUAACAAGCACAUCUGGGAUCUGUCCAGUUCUAGUAUGUCUCUGUUUUGUGCAGAGAUGUUAUGGAACAACCCAUCACAACUCUAUCAAAGUGACCAGAAAUCAAACCAAACACAUAGAAGGAGAAACAGAAGUUCAUCACCGGCCAAAACGUGGAUGGGUCUGGAAUCAGUUCUUUGUUUUAGAAGAACACAUAGGACCAGAGCCUCAGUAUGUGGGCAAGUUGCACUCAAAUUCGGACAAAGGUGAUGGAUCUGUGAAAUACAUAUUAACUGGUGAAGGAGCUGGAACAAUAUUUAUCAUAGACGACACAACAGGGGACAUUCAUGCAACAAAAAGUCUAGACCGUGAACAAAAGUCACAUUAUGUUCUACAUGCACAAGCUAUCGACAGGAGAACCAAUAAGCCACUUGAACCAGAAUCGGAGUUUAUUAUCAAAGUGCAAGAUAUUAAUGAUAAUGCUCCUGAAUUUCCUGAUGGACCUUAUAUUGUCACGGUUCCAGAAAUGUCUGACAUUGGUACUUCUGUUAUUCAGGUGACAGCUACAGAUGGUGAUGACCCUACAUAUGGAAACAGCGCUAGAGUUGUUUACAGCAUACUUCAAGGACAACCUUAUUUUUCAGUCGAUCCAAAAACAGGCGUUAUUAGGACAGCACUACCAAACAUGGACAGAGAAGCCCGAGAACAUUAUUCUGUUGUAAUCCAAGCAAAGGAUAUGGCGGGUCAAGUUGGAGGACUCUCUGGAACAACUACCAUCAACGUUACACUUAUUGAUGUCAAUGACAAUCCACCAAAAUUUCCUCAAAAACAUUACCAACUUUACGUUCUAGAAUCAGCCCAAGUUGGGUCGGCUGUUGGGAAAAUCAAGGCACAUGAUGCGGAUAUUGGACUUAAUGCUGACAUCAGAUACUCCAUUGUCAAUGGAGAUGGUGUGUUCUCUAUAUCCACUGAUAAGGAAACAAGGGAAGGAAUCCUUUUGCUUAAGAAGCCUUUAAAUUAUGAGAAAAAGAAGUUAUAUUCGCUAAACAUUGAAGGAGUAAAUACGCAUCUGGAUUCAAGAUUUUUUCACCUGGGACCUUUCAAAGACUCCACCAUGUUAAAAGUUAUUGUUGGGGAUGUAGAUGAGGCACCUUUGUUCACAAAGCCUUUUUAUGAGAUGGAUGUUUAUGAGAAUGCUGAUAUAGGAACAAUUGUGGGAAUAGUAACAGCUCAUGAUCCUGACAGUUCUAGUAGCCUAAUAAGAUAUUUUAUGGAUAAUACACAAGAGGAGAAGAUUUUUGAAAUUGAUUCAAUAAAUGGUGCAAUUAGGACAACUAGACGACUGGAUCGGGAAGAAAUCCCCUGGUACAACAUAACAGUAUCAGCAUCAGAGAUAGAUAACCCAACCCUAGUGAGCGAUGUUUCCGUUGGUAUCAAAGUGCUAGAUAUGAAUGAUAAUCCACCGUAUAUUGCAAAUGAAGAUGCAGUUGUGUGUGAAAACGGAAGACCUGGGCAGGUUAUUCACACGAUCACAGCCAUAGAUAAAGAUGACACCGCAAAUGGGAACCAAUUUUAUUUUUCUCUACAAGAAAGUCAAGGACAAAACCCAAAUUUUACUUUAAGAAACAACGAAGAUAACACAGCAAGUGUUUUAACAAAACGGAGAAGAUUUAGCAGAACAUCUCAAGAUAUUUACUACCUUCCCAUUGUGCUUGCCGAUGGUGGAAGCCCAUCUUUAAGUAGCACCAGCACCCUGACUAUUAGAGUUUGUGCCUGUGAAAGAGAUGGACGUGUACAAACCUGCCAUGCUGAAGCUUUUCUAUCAUCUGCUGGACUAAGUACUGGAGCCCUAAUCGCAAUUCUGCUCUGUGUUAUCAUUCUACUGGCUAUUGUUGUUCUUUUUAUAACUCUUCGGCGAGGAAAGAAAGAACCUCUUAUAAUUGCUGAAGAAGAUGUGCGUGAAAAUGUUGUAACAUAUGAUGAUGAAGGUGGAGGGGAAGCAGACACUGAAGCUUUUGAUAUUUCCGCUCUUCGAAACCCAUCAGCAGCAGAGGAUUUAAAAUACAGGAGGGAUGUAAGACCAGAAGUAAUGUGUACACCGAGACAUCAAGAUCAAUCUGCUGUUGAAACAAUCAACGUUCAGGAAUUUCUCAAUCAAAAGUUGGCUGAGGCAGACCAUGACCCAAGUGUUCCCCCAUAUGACUCUUUACAGACAUAUGCUUAUGAGGGUCAAAGGUCUGAAGAAGGAUCCAUAAGCUCUCUAGAUUCUUUAGGAUCGCCAUCUGACCAAGACUAUACUUUUCUUGAUGAUUGGGGACCAGAGUUUAAAAAACUAGCAGAACUCUAUGGAGAAAAGGAAUCUGAAAGAACAAAUUAGUUUCCAAAUACAAAAACUGUUUUAUUUUACAAAACAGCUCAAAGCAUAACCACAAGAAAACAUAAAAAAAAUAAAUUGAUACUUGGAACUCAACACGUUGUUCACUUUUACUGUAGAAACAAGUGCCAUUUUCAUAUAUAAAACUGGGUUUCAAAUUUUCAAAUAUACAGAUACAA